AUGGCCUGGGUGGGGAACCAGACCCUCAUCUCCCACUUCAUCCUCCUGGGCCUCUUCACCCACACGCCACUCCACCUCUUCCUCUUCUCGCUCAUCAUGCUCAUGUUUCUUGUGGCCCUGUCUGGCAACGGGCUCAUGAUCCUACUCAUCAACGUGGACGCUCGCCUGCACAGCCCCAUGUACUUCUUCCUCAGCUGGCUGUCCCUCAUGGACCUCAUGCUCAUCUCCACCAUCGUGCCUCGGAUGGCUGCCGACUUCCUCCUGGGUGGCGGUACCAUCUCCUUCACCGGCUGUGGGCUCCAGAUCCUCUUCUUCCUCACCCUUCUGGGCGAUGAGUGCUUCCUCCUGGCCUUCAUGGCCUAUGACCGCUAUGUGGCCAUCGGCAACCCGUUGAGGUACUCGGUGAUCAUGAGCCGUCGCGUCUGCUGGCUCAUGGUGGUGGGCUCAUGGCUCUUUGGCCUGGUGGACGGACUCAUCCAGGCUGUCUUCACCCUGCGCUUCCCCUACUGCGGCUCCCAGGAGAUCGACCACUUCUUCUGUGAGGUCCCAGCCGUGCUCAAGUUGGCUUGUGCCGACACGUCUCUCUACGAGACCAUGAUUUACGUCUGCUGCGUGCUCAUGCUGCUGCUGCCCUUCUCUGUCAUCUCGGCCUCCUACGUGCGCAUCCUGGCCACAGUGCUCCGCAUGCGCUCUGCGGAAGGCCGGCAGAAGGCCUUCGCCACCUGCUCCUCCCACAUGGCCGUGGUCUCUCUCUUCUACGGGGCCGCGAUGAUCACGUACAUGCGACCCCAGGCCUAUCACUCCUCCAAGCAGGACAAGGUGGUGUCCGCCUUCUAUACCAUGAUCACCCCCAUGCUCAACCCCCUCAUCUAUAGCCUGCGGAACAAGGAAGUGACAGGGGCGCUCAAGAAACUCCUGGGGAGGUGUCCCUGCAGUGGGGGGCAGGCUUAG